AUGUCAACCUUUUCGUUGGUGGCGCUUUCUGUCUUGAUCCUCCUGGUUGUUGUGGGAUCACAAAAAAGAUUGUUGGCCUGGCUCUUCUCAGGAAAAGAAUCCUUACAUAAUGCCUGUUCUCAUGGCCCUUCCGAUUUCAAGCGCAUGGCACCAUACCCAGCACAGCCAAUUCGAGGUAGAGAACGAUAUCGUGUUAUGAUGGAUGUCCGCCGGCUAGACACCCAGAACUGGCUCACCCUGGACAAGAACUACAUGGAUGAGCAUCGGGUCAGAGAUAACUUGCUCUGUGAAAAGAGAGAGAAGGUUCUGCGAUGUCUACCCGAGUCCCUUGUCGCUUGUCAAGAAACGUUAGAAGAAGUGUCUGAAUUUCUGUGCGAGCGUUUCCCGGGCAUGUUCAAAAAGACUGUUCAAGGGAGCGAGACUUGGGUUGAAAAUAGAGCCACAAAGGAAAAAUUCAAUAUCCACCCGGGUCCAACUGUGAACAGCACAGAUGCAUUGGAGGCGGCAGUGCGGCUCACAAUGGAAGAUCUCAGUGUGUUGAUGAUGAACGAGGAUGGCGAGUAUUACUUGGCGGCCAGUGCAAGUCUAUUUCCCACGGGUUGGACAGUGGAUGAACGUAUUGGGUGGACGAUUUCCCAAAUGCACGCACCAGUUCCCCUCUGGCAUCAACAAGUAGCCAGCUCAGUCAGCAAAUUACUGGCUCGACUAUCCCCAAAGUCCCCAAUGGAACGAUCCAACUACUUUGUCGAAAUAAAACGACCAGAUGAGGAUCUCUUUGAUAUCUUGUAUCGCCCAGGAUCUCUAUGCGAAAAAGAACUACAAGACCCCUCGCCCAAUGAAAUCAUCAUUCGUCGCGAGAGACAAACCUUCCGCCGUCUACCACGAACAAAUGCCAUAGUAUUUGGCGUGAAAACCUACCUAACACCCAUCAGUCAGCUACCGAUGCAAGAAUUGGAAAACCUGGCCAAAGAAAUGGAAACAUGGCCAGAAUACGUGAGUGAAUAUAAGGGAAAGGAUGUCUGGGGUAAAAAGGUGUUGGAGUAUUAUAACAAGCGUGUUGCCUCUGGCGAGUCGGAGAAACUUUGCGAGGUAUGA